AUGGGGACACUGAGGGGAUAUGGGGACGUGGGGACAUGCCAACUGGAAGCACUGCCGCGGUUCAUCACGGCGACGGGCGGCACUCUGCACCUCUACCAGCUGGAGGGGCUGAACUGGUUGCGCUUCUCCUGGGCCCAGAGCACCGACACCAUCCUGGCCGACGAGAUGGGGCUGGGCAAGACCAUCCAGACCAUCGUCUUCCUCUACUCCCUCUACAAGGAGGGCCACACCAAGGGCCCGUUCCUCGUCAGCGCCCCGCUCUCCACCAUCAUCAACUGGGAGCGGGAGUUCCAGAUGUGGGCCCCCGCCUUCUACGUCGUCACCUACACCGGGGACAAGGACAGCCGGGCCAUCAUCCGCGAGAACGAGUUCUCCUUCGAUGACAACGCCAUGAAGGGGGGCAAGAAGGCCUUCAAGAUGAAGGUGAGACCAACACUGGGGUCCCCUCGCAACCUGGAGGGCUUCUUGGAGGAGUUUGCCGACAUCUCCAAGGAGGACCAGAUCAAGAAGCUCCACGACCUGCUGGGUCCCCACAUGCUGCGGCGCCUCAAGGCCGACGUCUUCAAGAACAUGCCGGCCAAGACCGAGCUCAUCGUCCGCGUCGAGCUCAGCCCCAUGCAGAAGAAGUACUACAAGUACAUCUUGACGCGCAACUUCGAGGCGUUGAACUCGCGGGGCGGCGGGAACCAGGUGUCGCUGCUCAACAUCAUGAUGGACCUGAAAAAGUGCUGCAACCACCCCUACCUCUUCCCUGUCGCCGCCAUGAUGACGAAGAUGCUGGACCUGCUGGAGGAUUUCCUGGACUAUGAGGGCUACAAGUACGAGCGCAUCGACGGGGGCAUCACGGGGGCCCUGCGCCAGGAGGCCAUCGACCGCUUCAACGGUAGGACCCCAGCGUCCAGGGGCACCCAGGCGGCCUUCAGCCGGGCGCACCGCAUCGGCCAGGCCAACAAGGUGAUGAUCUACCGGUUUGUCACGCGGGCAUCGGUGGAAGAACGCAUCACGCAGGUGGCCAAGCGCAAGAUGAUGCUGACGCACUUGGUGGUGCGCCCGGGGCUGGGCUCCAAGGCGGGCUCCAUGUCCAAGCAGGAGCUUGAUGACAUCCUCAAGUUUGGCACUGAGGAGCUCUUCAAGGAUGAGAAUGAGGGGGAGAACAAGGAGGAGGACAGCAGCGUCAUCCACUACGACAACGAAGCCAUCGCCCGGCUGCUUGACCGCAACCAGGAUGCCACCGAUGAUGCCGACGUGCAGAACAUGAACGAGUAUCUCAGCUCCUUCAAGGUGGCCCAGUACGUCGUGCGUGAGGAGGACAAGAUCGAGGAGAUCGAGCGGGAGAUCAUCAAGCAGGAGGAGAACGUCGACCCCGACUACUGGGAGAAGCUGCUGCGACACCACUACGAGCAGCAGCAGGAGGACCUGGCACGCAACCUGGGCAAGGGCAAGCGGGUGCGCAAGCAGGUCAACUACAACGAUGCUGCCCAGGAGGACCAAGGUGGGCACUGGGAAGUUACUGGGAGGCACUGGGAAUGCACUAGGAGGCACUGGGAGGACCUGGCGUGCAACCUGGGCAAGGGCAAGUAG